CGGUCUGGGAUGAACCUCACAAAUCGCACAGAUUUACCAGAACACGCAGAACUGCAGUAUGUGAACAUAGUGUUUAGGUCGAUACUAACCCUGUGUAUUUGUUUCGGUAAUAUCAUGGUCAUAGCUGCCAUACAGCGAUCACCAGCUCUGAAGAAUGUUCCCAAUCACUUCAUCAUGCAUCUGGCCAUUGCCGACCUCUCUGUUGGUGUGACCAUGCCGUUCUAUAUUGCCUCCACAGCCCAGCCUGCACUCGUGACGAACAUAUACCUGUGCAUUCUGAGGUACUGUGGCAUAGGAGUAACAGCCAUGGCAUCAGUUCUGUGUUUACUCUCCAUAGCAGUUGACCGGUACACCGCCAUCGUCUACCCGUUACGCUACAACGCCAUCAUGACGCUAUCACGUGCACGCCGUCUGACUGUUGUCAUAUGGGUAAUGUCCUUUGUCCUUUAUCUCGUUAUUCCAUGCCUGUGGCACAACGAAUGGACGGACAUCCCAGACAGAGAUUGCUUGUACGUCAAAGUUAUGAAACGGGAAUAUCUAGGAGGCGUCAAUAACCCGAUGUUCGUGCUGGCCACCGUCUUCAUCAUGUGUCUGUAUGGCAGAAUAUUCUACAUUGCGCACAAACGGGGAAAAGAGGAUCCUAUAGGUCAAUUUGUGCCCAGGAACUCGUUGGAAGUCGAUUUGAAAAUUGCCAAAAUGGCUGCCAUCGUUUUGGGUAUUUUUGUGCUCUGUUGGUUUCCGUUUGUUGCAAUGGUCGGUAUUCAGGUCUAUGGUGAUCUCGUGUACUCAGAACAAAUGAAUGAGGCCAAUAGCUACGUUACUAACCUGCUGUUUGUCAACUCUGCCGUUAAUCCUGUGGUUUAUGCAUUUCGGUCGGAAACUUUCAUGACAGAAUUCAGAAAACUAUUACACAUAAAGGCAAAACCUCAAUCCAAUGUUCAGGCACCGGCGCCUGUAAUAUUUUCAACUAUGAAUACAACAGAUACAGCGCUGUAA